CACUGCGCAUGCCCGUAUCAGUCCACGUUGCAAAAAACGCAGAGGAAGUACAAAUGAGUUUGAUUUGAUUGCUGACAUCCGUUCAAAAUGAUGCUUAGGCUCGUGUUGUUGUGGUUGUUAGUUGCCGGGCAGGGAUGUAAAGCAAGUGAUCCUGACAGUACACCAGCUCUAACAGCAUGUACUGAAAGACUGCAACAUGUGCCCAAUCACACGGCCUGUCUCAAGCCAUCGCCUCUUGUCAAACAGUCGGGUGUGGGAGAAGAUGAAAAGAAAGUUAUUAUCGACGAACACAACCGAUACAGAAGCAAAGUGCAACCGCCAGCUACCAAUAUGCUCAAAGUGUACUGGAACGAGGAGCUGGCGCUUAUUGCUCAGGCUUGGGCCAGCAACUGCAAGGUGGAGCACGACGCCAUGAACCACAGAAACAUCCCCGGAGUGUACCAGAUUGGCCAGAAUUGGGCACUGGACUACCAUAACUGGACGCAGUCUAUAGCAGGAUGGCACUCGGAGGUCCAGGCCUUUACGUACAACGGAGCUAACGUGCCGGACAAAGUGGGGCACUACACACAGCUCGUAUGGGCCGACACCACCAGAGUAGGAUGUGGAUUCGCCAAGUGCAACACUAGUCUGUUUUAUGUCUGCAACUAUGCCCCUGCGGGGAACAGAGGUGGAUACAAGACACCAUACAAGAAAGGAACACCUGCAGCGGAAUGCAAGCAAAAAGAGAACAACCUCUGUGAUUGUGGAGGGAAAGCUUGUGAAAAUGGCGGCACAAUCAAUAGAACAUCUUGCGCCUGUAAAUGUAUCAUAGAAAACUUCUAUGUUGGUGACGUAUGCAAACUUGACUGCGAAAAUCCUACUGUUAAAGAACCCUCCUAUUGUAACCACACAGCUUACAUAGAGAAAAACUGUCUCACAAUUGCUGAUGUACCUGACCGUUGUCCCAAGAUGUGCCACAAGUGUCCAUAUGGCGACUACAGAUACGAUUAUAUAGAUACGAAGCCAGCAACUACCACACGAGUGUGUAAAGACAAGUUCAGGGUCCGACGUGGUCACACCGCCUGCCUCCAGCCUUCCAAACAACUUAACCAAACAGCAGAUUUUAAUAUUUCUACAUCCGAUAUAGAUUCGAUACUUAAACAGCACAACCUGUACAGACAGAACGUGACACCGGCAGCUGACAACAUGAUGAAAUUGUCUUGGGAUGCUGAGGUUGCCAUGGUUGCACAGGUGUGGGCGGAGGCCUGCGUGGACGGCUCGGAUGAACCAUCGCAUAGAACAAUUCCCGGUCGGUUCCGUUUAGGUCAAAACAUUGUGGUUGGUGUUGACAGUUGGGCAGACGCAAUCAGCACUUGGAAGGACGCGGGAAAGGACUUCGUAUAUGGCAGCAAUGCCAACGCUGAUAAAACAGCGCCCUAUACACAGCUCGUGUGGGCGGCGACGACACGGAUUGGAUGUGGUUUCGCGCUCUGUGGCGGGAAAUCGGUUUAUGUUUGCAAUUAUGGACCAGGGGGCAACUCGCGCUUGGAUAACAGUAAACCAUACGCUAAUGGUACAACUAGCAAAUGUAUCGGUGGACUCUGCGAUUGUGGCGACAAGUAUUGUCGAAAUGAUGGGAUUUUGAAUCCAUCUGCAUGCACAUGUUCCUGUAAGACGGACUUCUAUCAACAACCAGGCUGCUCUUUGUCCUGUGAUGACGUCAAAGAGCCAGUUUUCUGUAACAAAGAGAUCUUUCCGGAAGCUGCAUGCGAUAGUAAUCCCCUGGCCCAAGUCUUCUGUCCCAACCUAUGUAAAGUAUGCCCAUAUGCAGACCCAAAUUACUCUGAUGUUGGUGUGACCCCACCCCCUCCGACACAUCCCCAAGUCGAGCCCUCUUUCCCGUGCGGGCCGAUCCAAGGAGCUACACAUCUGGAUGUCCAGAUAAAAAUUGUAAUUGUCAGUUUUGUAAUUGCGAUCACAACGUCAUUGUUUUGAGAACAUAAACAAUAUGGGGCGCCACUGGUAUCUGUAUUCGUUACAGAAAUGAAUCACCGUGAACUGACCAAACACUUAUGUUACAUGAUUAUAUAAUUAUUCAAUAAAAUUUGUAAAAUGGAA